UACUUGGGCAGCGCGAACGAGGGGGCUCGGGAGCGAGCGUCACUUUGGAAACUCGGGAACUCACGGACUCUCGUGCUAAACCGGCGACCUCCUUUUCUCAUUACUGAAGUCCUUGCUUUUGGAAUUCACCCACUGGACAACCGGAGGAGAGAGUUUAGGGUGGGAAGUGAUAGUGGGCGAGUUUGGUGCAGACAGCUGUGCAUUAGCAGGUAAGCUGGGGUCCAAGGUGCGCACUGAGCCGCCUAUCAUACCAACAACCCGGAUGGAAAGAACUUUAAUGUGGAACCCUCAUAGAGUCUUGCAACGGAGACUGAGAGUAGAGACAGAUUGGCAGUUCAUAUUAUAACUUCACAAGGAUCAGUCGUUCUCUCUCUAUCAAACAGUAACAGAUCGGACUCAACAGGUAGAGCUGAGCAUUUAGGAAAAAAUUCAUCCGCCUGGAGGCUUGUGUGUGUUAGGAAAGAUGUCCAGAGACGAGCAGAGCAUGUCGGAGGUGGAGCUCAGUCCCGGGAUGUCCGAUGACAGUCGCUCCAUGUCACCGGGUCAAUCGUCCGGUGCUACUGGGGGAGACUCGCCUCUGCCCGGGCCGCAGCAGCCGCAGCUCCCGGGUCAGGAGGACUCGGUGGCCGGAGGUUCAUCCACCAAAUCGGAAGAUGAGGACGACCGCUUCCCCGCAGGCAUCCGUGACGCGGUGAGCCAGGUGCUCAACUGCUACGACUGGACCCUGGUGCCCAUGCCGGUGCGCGCAAACGCCGGAAACAAGAACAAGCCCCACGUGAAGAGGCCCAUGAACGCGUUUAUGGUUUGGGCGCAGGCCGCGAGGAGGAAACUGGCCGAUCAGCAUCCUCACCUGCACAACGCGGAGCUCAGCAAGACCCUGGGGAAGCUGUGGAGGCUUCUUAAUGAGAGUGACAAGCGACCCUUCAUCGAGGAGGCUGAGAGGCUGAGGAAGCAGCACAAGAAAGACUAUCCCGACUACAAGUACCAGCCCCGACGCCGCAAAAGUGGCAAGCCCGGUUCUGGGUCAGGAAGUGAGGCUGAUGGCCAUUCGGAGGGUGAGGUCAGCCAGCCCCACUACAAGGGCCUCCAGCUGGAUGUGUCCCUCAUCCGGGCGGUCGGGUCCCCUCUGGCAGACGGGAGCCACCCUCAUGCUGCAGGUCACAGUCCUCCCACACCACCCACCACUCCCAAGACUGAGCCUCACUCCGGGAAGGCGGGGGGUGGAAAGGUUGGGAACGGGGGCUCCCGUGGCGCAAUGGGAGCAGAAGGAAGCUCCGGUGCUCCAGGAUCUGGUAAACCUCAUAUCGACUUUGGUAACGUGGACAUUGGUGAGAUGAGCCACGAGGUGAUGGCCAACAUGGAGCCCUUCGAUGUGAACGAGUUUGACCAGUACCUCCCCCCUAACGGGCACCCGGGGGUGGGGCAGAGUGUCGGCGCUGCAGCAGCAGCAGCUGCAGCAGCAGCAGCAUCAUCUUCCUCCGUCUCUCCGUACAGCUACGGCCUCUCCUCCGCUCUGGCAGCCAGCGGACACUCAGCCGCCUGGCUCUCCAAGCAGCAGCAGCAGCAGAUGCAGCACCACGGCCCCUCAGAUCCCUCCAAGGCCCAGAUCAAGAGCGAGGCUGGGGGUCACUUCGGAGAGGCGGCCUCAGUAGGGUCCCAUGUCACCUACACCCCCCUCAGCCUCCCUCACUACAGCUCAGCCUUCCCCUCCUUGGCCUCCAGGGCUCAGUUUGCUGAAUAUGCGGACCACCAGGCUUCAGGGCCGUACUACACCCACUCCAGCCAGGCAUCAGGGCUGUACUCCGCCUUCUCCUACAUGGGGCCCUCCCAGAGGCCCCUGUACACGGCCAUCAGCGACCAGGCCAGCGUGCCGCAGUCACACAGCCCCACGCACUGGGAACAGCCCAUCUACACCACUCUGACGCGGCCAUGACAGACAACGAGAGUAGAGGGCACCGGUGCAGCUUCAGCCCCGGCGUCAGACCCCAGGAUCGGCUGCAGCGUGAUCGGCGUUGGUGGUAUCGCUGGAGGAGGAAGUGGUCUUGGCUGGGGGGAGUGGGCAGGCACCGGGGGAGUGGGCAGUGGCGGCAGGAGGGGACAAGAAACCCCGAUCUGGCCCUGCCAAGAUGCGGAAAUGCUGUCACGGCCCAAGGAUGAGCUUGGAGCGUGGUGCUUUUGAAGAGCGGUCGAUUAUUCAGGGCGUAGAGUGUAGUGGGCAGAGAAUGUAUUACUUUACCAAGCCUCUGGUGCUCCCAAAUACACAACAGGAAGUAUUGAUAAGUGGAAAAGGAUCAAAUGUGUGUAUAAGAAGGGGCAACUUGUAGUCUACACGCCUCUAUCACGAGCAACAAGGGGUCAACAGCAACUGGUACACAUUGAGAAUUAGCAAGACUUUGAGCUUUGAGCCAAAUUCAUUCUACAUGAUGUUAUUUUGUACCAGUGCCAAACGAUUUGGCUUCUCAGGCAACAUUGACCUUUUAUCAAACAGAUGUAAGCUUUGUAUUGCUUUUGGAAAUCAAUAGAACAAAUACUGGUGUUGGUUUCUGAGGAACAUUUGUCCCUAUUUAAUUCAGACUGUUAUGCUGUGUUCACUUGCCUUUUGUACACACAUGCAUGGACGCACAAUGCCAUAACAUUUGUUGAGGUUUUGUUAAGUGAAAUGUAUAAGUAGUCAAAAAACAACUUGUAAUGAUGACUGACUUUUAUCAGGAUAGUGUAUACAGUAUACUUGAAAUUACAAAUGUACGCUUUUUUGCAAACAGAUUUGAUGUUUUUGUAAAAACGACCAAAGUUUUGAGACCAAAACUUAUAUCAAAGAAACUGAUUUUACAGACGUUUCUCCCGACUCAAAACUACCUUUUGUAGCGAAAUAGUUUUUAGUUUUCAACAUCUUUCUAUGUGAGUUAUUGUUAAUGCCUUAAAGGAAUACUUCACCCCCAAAAAUAACCAUUUGCAUAUGAUUUUUUAAACACCGUGUUACCAUGAAAUCCUAACGAAAAACUGUGUUUACAGCCAUUUUCUUUUAAAACAUGCAAGUGUUUGGGAAGCCAUGCUCAUACUAAUGGAUAAUUGAGAAUUGGAUUAUAUAAAUACCCACAUGAUACAUUUUUUAUAAACUUGACAAAUGAAAAGUAGGCCUACUCAGUGUUGCAGUAUAUUUGAUCCAAUAUUGAACUCCAAAACGCAAUUAAAGACAUAUUCAAGUGAAAUAUUAGAAAAUAUCUAUACAUCAAGAAUAACACUGACUGUAUUAACAUGUUUACUUUGCUAAUGUAGGCUUACAGUAGUCAAACGUUAGAAAUGAAUGAAAGAAUGAGGAAUAUUCUGGAAGAUGUGGUUUUAAAAUACUAUUAUAUAUUCAUUUGAAGCAUUAUUUGGCUUCCAAGUUGACCCUUUACAUAUUAUUCUUAAUUAUUCUCAUUAUGGCUGAGCUGCACGCAGUUCUGAAAAACAAAAUUGUGAAUUAUUUUGUAUCACUGUAUGCCGAUGAGAUUUGACGAUAAUUGAAAUACGAUAAAUUGUACAUUUUGGGGUUUGAUGUAUUCCUUUAAAAACACAUAAGUGUCAAAAGCUACUUUUACCUUUUUUCUCACAAUGGCACUGAUACGUGUGAGGAUUUUCCUUAUUUCUACGACGCAUUUAUGAAGUACAUUCAUGAAAAAAGACAAUUCUAUUUAUACUUGCUUAACCCAUUCUCAUCGAUCAUGGUCGCAACGUGUCAUAGAAUAUAUAACAAAAGCUUCUUCGUUUGUUUGAACAAUUACUAAUAUUUUAAAUGCUUUUUGCCAUUAUAAUCUCCACUGAAUAUAUGCACCACUGCCUUGUAUUCUGUGUCAUUCAAAAAUGUGUAUGUAGACAAGUAUUCAAUGCAAAAUCUUUUGGUCGUCGUUUGGUCUUGGAGAAAAAGAAGCAUUUUGAUGCCAAUACUGAGAAACAGUUGCCAGAGAUUGUGCAAAGCAAGCUUCCAGGAGAUAAUAACUUUUAACACAGCCUUAUAUUAAAUGUAAUAAUGUGCCUUGAUUUUAACAAUACCUUUUUGGACUAUCAAUUGAUGUCUCUCUAUAAUCGACUGUCAUUUCUGUCCACCAUUUAGAAACAGAACUGUAUUUUAAGUAUUUUAUUUCCACCUUAAAAGUAAAGAAAAUAUCUUUGUUUUUAUAUUUAUCACUCAUUCUUUGUCACUUCUGCACACAGAUCCAAACCACCGUAUGCAUGCAGCACUGCUUCUUUUAACCCCCCACACCUUAAAGCCCCUUGUUAUUUAACAUCAUUAUUAUUGCCACGUGUGAAACUUAUGUUGAAUUUCUUAUUUAUAUGUGUUUGUGUGCGCGCUGUUUAUCGCUCCUCUCCAUUAUGAGGACAACACUCGACUGCCAUUUUAGUAUUUCAGAUGUUUCCCUUCUUGUGUGACUGCACUGCAGCAGCUUCUCAACAGCAGAGAUCAUGUGAUGGUGAUGAUGAAUAAUGACCUUUUACGCUCACUUGAAAUAAAGCUCGAUUAUCUGCUU